UUACCGAGUGUAUUGCAUUAAAAUGGAUUUACACGACCGGUAUGUCCAUAUUCCGACAACAGAUUUAUCAAUCUUGGAAUUGUUAGAAACAGCAUUUAAAGAUAAUCCAUUUCCAUUGCUACACCGUUUAAUUCAACAUUAUGGAGCAGAGAUAAUAAAAAACAGUUUAGAUGUAACAAAGUUAGAAACAUUCCGUAUGCUACUAUGUUAUGAAUAUCAGCUUACAUUUAAUUCUCAAAAUAAAUGUACAAGAAUAGUUCCAAAUAACUUAUGUUUCAAAACAAUAGAAAAUGUUUUAUUCUUGAAAAAGCAACUACAAAAUUCUACAGAUUUACUAAUUUUAUACGAUAUUAUAUUGUUAUAUACAAUACUCUACUGCGACCUUAAAUGUAUUGAACAACAUUUACUAAAUUUUCAAAAAUCCAAUGUUGAUUUCUUCGCUAGUAAUGAAAGUAGAAUUUUUUAUAUGAAAACAAUUGAAUGUUUUUUAGAAUCGUUACGAUUAAGACAAUUUUUAUACAAUAAUAUAGAAUCAAAUUUUCUGAAACAUUUUAGUUUAUUGUAUUUGAAAGAUAUAAUACUAUGGCUACAAAUAAAAGAAAAUAAAGAAUGGCGAUCGUUUGCUUCAAUUUUUCCGAAAUUAAUAAAUACUUUUGGCCCUGAUAAUAUUUUGCCAUCUAUAUGGGACUUUGUUUUAAAUAAAUUUGAAGAUUUAAAAGAUUCACUUGAUGCAUUGAGUAUAAUAACAGAUAUUUGUUUUUCAUUAAAUUACAAAGAGGCAAAUACUACGUAUCACAAUUUAUGCUACUCAGAACGAUUAUGGUUAUUAAUAAUAAACAGUUUAAAAUGUCCUAUACAACAGUAUCGUAAACAAGCAUUAUUUGUAAUGAAACGAAUAACUGAUUUUAUAAGUGUUGUAGACAAAAGUGUGUUAAAAUUAGAGAAACCACCAAUUGUUCCUUUUAUUUGUAAUCGAUCAGAUGAAACAAAUGUAUCAAUAACCAAUAUCAAACAAAAAUUUUUUUUGAUAUUAGAAGCAUUAGAGGAGAAGCAGUAUCAUUUAAUAAUGCCAGCUUUGACACAUAUAACAGCUCUAAUAAGAGGAAACAAAGAACAUGUAUCAUGUAAUGACUGUUUUAACAAUUGUUGGCUACAACUACUUUUCGAAAGAAUAUUGAAACAUGAAAAUAAUAUUAUAGUAAAGCAAGGAAUAUUAUAUGUUUGCGAAUUACAUACAAUUAUACAUGAUUAUCAAUUUUUGAAAUUGUUUGUACAUGUUUUAAAUAACACAUUUUUAUAUGAAUGCAAAUCUUAUCAACAAGAACCAGAAAUAUUAAAUGAUAUUAUAACAUUAUUUAUACGUGUCAAAGAAGAACAAAUUGAAUUCAUUGAUAAACUCCUUCAAAUAAUAAACAAUGAAAUGUGGGCUCCAAUACCAAUAUUUUAUAUGAUGUUAAUUUUAAGAAUAGUUUCAAGUAAAUCUUCAAAUUAUUGGGAAAAUAAUGAAUUAACUAGAGUUAAGUUCUUAGUACAGAAGAAUUUAAAUGCACAUUCCCACAUUUUAAGAAUCGCAUCACAAAUUGAACUUUUGAACACAAUUUCUCUUUCAUCGAAGAAAAUAAAUGAUUUGAAAAUUGUAAUAGAUGUAUUAUCAGAAUUUCCUCCUGAAGAAGCUCUCAUUAGAGGCUCGUAUUCAUGGAAUAUUAUGACAGCAUGGUUAAAAGAUGUGCUAAUAAAAACAGAUGUUAUCAAUUUUGUAAAAUUAAUAUGCGAAGAAAAUUUGUAUCACAAUAAACAAUCUAGAAUUAGUCCAGCAAAGUUUGCUUUUAUGAUAUGUAUAUUACAUGAUGCAAAUUUAAUAUUGGAAUGUAAAAUAUGCCCUGUAGAAGGCAUAUUAAAUAAGUGGCUAUCAUCACUUAAUGGAAUUGAUAUAAGACCUUAUGCAAAUAUUGCACAUAUCUUUUAUAUCAUAGAAGUUAUGUCACAUUUACUUAAUUUAAAUGCAACAAACAUGAAUAAAAGUCUCAUGCAAUUGUUGUCUCUAUAUAUUAACGAUGCCUUAAAAUUUUUACUUAAAAAUAAUAAAAGUAUACCAUACAAAUUCAAUUAUGAAGAAGUAAAGAAUUAUUUGACUGUAAUUAUCUCAUUUCUUAGUAAUGGAAAUCUAAUACUACCACAAAAAGAAAUUUUAAAUUAUAUUGAAAAGUUUAGAAACGAAAGUAUAACUAUUCUCGAAAAUAUAAAACAGUAUUCAAAUGUGCACUAUAUGUAUGCAUUAUACAUUUUACAUUAUACUCAAAGUAUUUUGAAUAUAAACCCUGCAUCAUUUUACAUACUACCUUUAUUAGAUAUUUCUUAUAUUCGUAUAUGUGAGAAUGAUCAAGAUCAAAUACAUUCUAAAGGAAAAAUCGCAUCAGAUUGUUAUUUACUAUUUGCAAAACUUACAAAUCAAUUUUUAUCAAAAGUAGAAAUAGAAUCAUGGCUACAAAAAACUGAUUGGUUCAAAAAUAUAUUGGAUCUUUACGAGGUAGGAGGGAAUGAAAUUGUACCAGAAAUAGCAUUGAUAUUAAAGACAAUUGUUGAAAAGGGAGGGAUAAAUGAUUCACAAAAUAAAUUGAAUGUAGAAUCUAUUUUUACUAUUUGUUGGAGAUCUACAUUGUUAAGUACAAAGAAUAAGGUAUACUUUAUGGCAAUGAAAAAUCUUAUAGGAGUCAUUAUAAACAACAAUUUUUUGGUACUCCCUGAUGCUAUGAACUUUGUAAAUCAUUUUCUUGAUCAGUUAAUCGAAGAAAGUAACAAUACACCAAAAUUAAAAAAAAUUUUAUUAAAUGAAAUGAAAUUGUUAAAUGUAUGUAAUUUAAGAAAUUUACAAGAAUCAUUGUUAUCAUGUCUUCUUCAUGGACAAGUAUUCAGAAGAGAUGAACAAGUAGAAAAUCAAACAUAUUUAUACAUUACAAAACAUUAUAAAAACUAUUAUCCGCAACAUAUAUCAAUGAUAGGUCAUGAUAAUUAUACUAGUAUCAGAGUACUUUCUGUAAUACUACUACACAAGAUAAUAAGUGCAGACAUAGAAUAUACAUCAACAUUUCUUCCAAUUGUUUUACAGAAGUUAGAAAAGUAUAAAAAUAAAAGAUAUUUCAAUCAUUCAUACAUACAUAAGAUAAAGCAUCGAAUUAUGCAAAUCUUAUUAAUAUUACAGCCAACUUUGAAUAAGACAGACACUGCUACAUUGCAAGAACUUCUCUGUAAUUUCAUGCUCUUGGAAAGUAAUCAACACAGUGUGCGAUUAAUGCAAGAAUGGAUACUAAUACAAAUUUUUGUAGAAAAUAGUGAAUUUCAUUAUAAAUUAUGGGAAUUUUUUGAAGAGAUGAUCGUAACACGUCCAGGAUGUGUCAGUUCAGUAGCAUGUAUAGUGUAUCACAUUUCAAAGCUACUUCCUAAUAACUCUCAAAGUAAUUUUAUUUCAACAGGAAUAAAAUACAUUGCACGUUGUUGUUUAGGACAGCAGUAUAAUAUGCGUCUUUAUAGCCAGGUUAUUUUUGUAAAAUUAUAUGAAAUAUUAGAAAAGUUAAACUGUGAUCGUGUCGUAUGGGAGUACAAAGGAUUAUACAAUACUGUGAUCGAAAGUUUAAAAGAUGGAAAUUUAAUGAAAAACUCUAGCAAAAUUCAAGAUGACUUUUAUCUUUCUGUUUUUCAUCCUAUGCAAGACUACAGUCUACAGACACUAUAUUUUGAACUUCCUCGGUUGACGGAUAUGGAUCAAAGCGAAUGGAUUGAUCCAGAUCUCUUUAGAAUUCUAAACUUUAAAGAAACUCAUAACCAUCCUCUUCGAUUAUAUAAUUUAAACACAUUGUUAUCAGAAACUGAAACAUCCUCGUAUUUAACGAAAUCCACAGACUCACCUAGGAAAUAUUCUGAAAUACAUCUCCAAGAACUGAGCGAUAUUCAGAAGAAAAUUAAUCCUUCAAUGGCCAUGACUUUGUCACAUAAUGUCAUUUUUCCAACAAUUCGAGAAUUCAUUUCUCAUAAAACAAUAUUAUCAGACGAAGGCGGAAUUAUAGUUGUAGCAUGUCUCAUUGAUCGUAUUCCAAAUUUGGGAGGACUUGCUCGUACUUGUGAAAUUUUCAAUGUUAAAGAAUUAGUUCUUGCUAACUUAAAUCAAAUUAAGGACAGAGAAUUUAAAAGUCUCAGUGUAUCAGCUGAAAAUUGGAUAACUAUUACAGAGAUAAAACCUCAUCAAUUAAGUGAAUAUCUGUUACGAAAGAAAGAUAUGGGAUGGUGUUUAGUAGGUGUGGAACAAACAGCUAAUAGUACAAAUUUACUAAAUAUGAAAUUUAAAAAACAGACAAUUCUUGUCUUAGGAAAUGAAAAGGAUGGAAUUCCUGCCAAUUUAAUACCUUUGUUUGAUACUUGUAUAGAAAUACCACAAGUUGGUGUGAUUCGUUCAUUAAAUGUUCAUGUCAGUGGUGCCAUAUGUAUAUGGCAAUAUGCAAAACAACAUACAUUAACAUAAUUAUAUUUGUGAAUUCAUGUAAAUAAUUAUAAUUAAUCUUCUAUUUUUAUAUAUUGUGUAAUAAUAUAUUAGUAG